AUGUACACCAGGAGGAGGUCAUGUACACCAGGAGGAGGCCAUCUACACCAGGAGGAGGUCAUCUUCACCAGGAGGAGGCCAUCUACACCAAGAGGAGGCCAUGUACACCAGGAGGAGGUCAUCUUCACCAGGUGGAGGCCAUCUACACCAGGUGGAGGCCAUCUACACCAGGAGGAGGCCAUCUACACCAAGAGGAGGUCAUGUACACCAGGAGGAGGCCAUGUACACCAGGAGGAGGUCAUCUUCAUCCGGAGGAGGCCAUGUACACCAGGCGGAUGUCAUGUACACCAGGAGGAGGUCAUCUUCAUCCGGAGGAGGCCAUGUACACCAGGAGGAGGCCAUGAGGAGGCUGUCUACACCAGGAGGAGGUCAUCUUCACCAGGAGGAGGCCAUCUACACCAGGAGGAGGCCAUCUACACAAGGAGGAGGCUAUCUACACCAGGAGGAGGCCAUGUACACCAGGAGGAGGCCAUGUUCACCAGGAGGAGGCUGUCUACACCAGGAGGAGAUCAUCUUCACCAGGAGGAGGCCAUCUACACCAGUAGGAGGCUAUCUACACCAGGAGGAGGCUGUCUACACCAGGAGGAGGCCAUCUACACCAGGAGGAGAUUAUCUACACCAGGAGGUGGUCAUGAGGAGGCCAUCUACACCAAGAGGAGGUCAUCUACACCAGGAGGAGGUCAUGUACACCAGGAGGAGGCCAUCUACACCAAGAGGAGGUCUUGUACACCAGGAGGAGGUCAUGUACACCAGGAAGAGGCCAUGUACACCAGGAGGAGGUCAUCUUCACCAGGAGGAGGCCAUCUACACCAGGAGAAGCCCUUGUACACCAGGAGGAGGCCAUCAACACCAGGAGGAGAUUAUCUUCACCAGGAGGAGGCCAUGUACACCAGGAGGAGGUCAUGUACCAGGAGGAGGCCAUGUACACCACCAGGAGGAGGAGGCCAUCUACACCAGGAGAAGCCCUUGUACACCAGGAGGAGGCCAUCAACACCAGGAGGAGAUUAUCUUCACCAGGAGGAGGCCAUGAGGAGGCCAUGUACACCAAGAGGUGGUAAGGUACACCAGGAGGAGGUCAUCUACACCAGGAGGAGGUCAUGUACACCAGGAGGAGGCUAUCUACACCAGGAGGAGACCAUCUACACCAGGAGGAGGUCAUGUACACCAGGAGGAGGCCAUCUACACCAGGAGGAGGCUAUCUACACCAGGAGGCAGCCUUAUGGCCGACCUGAGCUGAAACUAUCUUCACUAGGGAGAAGCCAUGUCCAGGAGAAAGCCUUCUGCUACAUUGGCAUCCAGACACUCUUGGAGUGUGUGGGCCGCGGAGGUGAUGGAAAGACAAUCUAUAACAACCACAUUAAUGCAAAUAACCCCUGA